AGGUUAGGUUUUUGCAUGUUUGCCUCCAUUUGUUUGUUUUUUGGUUCUUCUUUCUUAAUUUAAUUAUAAGAUCUUUUAAAAGGAAUUUCUUAUUUGAAAAGUGAAAAUAAACCAUAAGGCAUGUCGGACAGCGGCUCUGAUAGUGAAUCAAACAGAAGUGGAAGUCCCACAAGGCCGGAAUCGGCAGGGGAUAGAUCUGGAUCAAAUACACCAGAUUCCAGAAGAUCCAGGUCAAAAUCCAAAAGCAGAUCCAGAUCAGCGUCUAAAUCAGCUAGCAGGUCUCGGUCAAGAUCCCAGUCCAAAUCCAAGAGCAGGUCCAGAUCUAGAUCAAAGAACAGGUCCAGAUCAAAGAGCAGGUCCAGAUCUAGAUCAAAAAGCCAGUCUAGAUCCAGAUCUAAUAGCGCUGCUAGAUCAACAUCAAGAUCAAGAUCUAGGAGUAGGUCUAGAUCAAGGUCCAAAUCUAGAUCUAGAAGUCAAUCCAAAUCGAGGAGCGGAUCGCCACGGUCAAAGUCUAACAGUCCUGCUGCGUCUAGGUCUAGAUCAAGAUCAGCCAGUUUGGCUAAAUCAAAAUCUAGAAGCAGAUCCAGAUCUGGAUCAAGAUCCAAGAGUGGAUCUGAGAGUCCAGCAAGAUCUCGAUCCAAAAGUGGAUCAAAGAGUCCAGCAAGAUCUCGAUCCAAGAGCGGAUCAAAGAGUCCAGCAAGAUCUAGAUCCAAGAGCGGAUCAAAGAGUCCAGCAAGAUCUAGAUCAAGAUCAAAGAGUGAAGCAAGAUCCAAGAGCAAAUCUAGAUCGAGAUCCAAAAGUGCAGAGACAUCAAGAUCUAAAAGUAGAUCAAAGGCCAAGAGCAAGUCAAGAUCGAAAUCCAAGAGUGUUUCUAGAUCCAGAUCGAGAUCCAAAAGUAGGUCUAGAUCGAGAUCCAAAAGUGGGUCUAGAUCAAGAUCUCACAGUCCUAAUUUAAAAAUAGAUGAGCAGCACUCACCUAAGGCCAAUAGUGAUGAGAAAGGCAACUCUGAGGGAACAACUAAGAAGAAAAUUAGAGCAUUAAUUGAUUCAGAUAGUGAGGAUGAUGGAGGAGGAGCAGAUCAAGGUGUAAGUGCUGCAGCAAUUUUUGGUGACGCUGACGACAUAAGCGAUGACAGCGACAACGAUAAAGAAAAACCCGACUCAGACAAAGACACCCGAAGAAGUCGCAGCAGAAGUAGAUCAAAAAGUCGAUCUCCAAGAAGUAGAUCGAGAAGCAGGAGUGCGGACAGAGCAUCCGGUGGUGAAGAAGUUCAACGGGUUGGAGAUAUAGAGGAAAAAGAAAACGAACCAGAACCGAUUCCUGAAACGAGAAUCGACGUUGAGGUGCCUAAAAUAACUUGCGACUUGGGUAGGGAUUUGAACUUCGUGAAGCUUCCCAAUUUUUUGUCAGUGGAAACGAGACCUUUUGAUCCGAAUACGUAUGAAGACGAAAUUGACGAAGAGGAAACUUUGGAUGAAGAAGGCAGAGCAAGGUUGAAAUUGAAAGUGGAAAACACUAUAAGGUGGAGGCAAUAUCUUGACGAUGAAGGAAAUGUUAAAAAAGAAUCUAAUGCUAGAAUUGUACGUUGGUCAGAUGGUUCUUACAGUUUACAUUUGGGGUCUGAAAUAUUUGAUGUUUAUAGGCAACCAUUACAAGGUGACCAUAAUCAUUUAUUCAUCCGUCAAGGUACUGGUUUACAAGGUCAAGCAGUAUUUAGGACUAAACUCAGUUUUAGGCCACAUUCAACUGACAGUUUUACUCAUAGAAAGAUGACUCUAUCCCUUGCCGAUAGAUCAACCAAAACCUCUGGAAUAAAAAUAUUGUCACAAGUUGGUGUGGAUCCUGAUAAUGACAGAGCUGAAAGACUUAAGAAAGAGGAAGAAAAGUUGCGUCAUACAGCAGUUAGGCCAAAAACUACUAGAAAAAAGAGUGAUUCUGCGGCCAGAGGAGCUUCUUCUAGUUUUAGGGAAGAAGAGGGCAGUGAUGACGAAGGGGCUAUUUCUAUUAGUGCUAUUAAAAACAAAUAUAAAACCCAAGCUGCAGCUGCUGCACAAAAAGCCUCUAUUUAUUCUUCUGACGAAGAUGAUUCUGAUCUCGACACAAGAAAGGGUAAGAAAAGUGAGAAAACAAGAGCUGCACUUAAGGAUUCUGAUGAGGACGAAGAAGGCGGUAGUGCAAGUGGUAGUGAUUAGAGUUUUUUUUAUAUUAAUAUGGGUGUUUUUAGAAGGUAGUUUAAUUUUGUAUUAAAAAAAAUAUACAAGCACGCAAUAAUUAUAAUAUUAUUAAAGUGGAAUAUUUCUUUAUUGUGUGAGGUAUUAAACAAUAAUAUGUAUACAUUACAAUAGGGAUUUUAUUUUAAGUUUUUUGAACAAUGUAUACUUAAUUUGAUGUACCAUACAGAUAAAUAAUAAAUCUCUAUUAAGAAAGUUAUGAAAUUGGGAUUGCUUUGCAAAACAAAUACUUAUUACAAUCAACACCCUAUAUUGAAUAGACUAGCAAGUGAUUCUAUUAAAUUGAUUUUUUCUACUAACGUUUCAUAAUAGCAAUCGGUAUGUAAAAGUGACACUUUUAAGCACUAGUGUUUAAAUUGUACAAUCUUCUAGGCAAUCAGUGUGUGAAAGUGACACUUUUAAGCACUAGUGUUUAGAUUGUUUCAGAAAUCGAAAAAACACACACACAUUUGAAUUUUAUCUAUUUAUUAUAAAUAAUGAAAAUCCAAUUAUUUAAACUAAAAAAUUCAAUGUUUGGGUUACUCGAAACAGAACUAUGUACUGUUUUUUUGAACAGGAUUUUAAUUAUGAUAUUUUAGUUCUAGUGAGCAUCUCAAUAUUGACUUGUUUAACUAGCUCUGAAGUCAAUUGCACUUUUUAUCAUAAAGAAAAAUUAAUUCAGCAAACACUCUCCACAUUGCCUGAUUCAGUUCUUUUCAGUGUAAAGAAAUCAUGGUCUGCUUGGAAAGGAAACUAUACAACUACUCAAGUUUUGACUUUACAACUACCUUUGAUAGUAGGUACAGGGUCAUUUUUCAUAUUUUCCCACCCCCAUUAACUUUUUUGUGCCACUACAGCAGAUAAAUGUUUACAAUUCAUUGACAUAUUUUAGGUGUUACAUUUUCUUUUGCUCUUAAAGAAAUUUAUCUGAUAACACUUGGGAUAUUCAAAUCUAAUUAAUUAUUAUUUUUCAAAUCCUCCUGCCGAAGUUGUUGUUUAGUUAAUUAUUUUAAAACCCUUCAAUUCAUCUGAGAAAGCAAUACUUUCACAGUUCCAGAAACAAGCUACAAGUCACAGACAUUUUCACAUCCAAUUGAAAAAAUCACACAUCAAUAAACUAACACGAAUAUUCUCUAAUUAUUAAUAUUCUAAAGCAGACAAGUCGUGGCCCUUCAUUUUGUGCUGCGUCUUUGUGUGCGUAUACAAAGUACCACUGUGUGAGUAAGAUUGCAGGCAUAUCUUGCAGGUAUAUGGUUUUUCACCAGUAUGUCGUCUUAAAUGGCAUGUUAGCACGUCUCUACGUGCAAAACAUUCGUCACAAUGCGGACAAUUGUAUGGCUUUUCACCGCUGUGCAUGCGUUUGUGGAUUUUUAAUUUAUUACUAGCAGAAAAC